AUGAGCGAGGCCACCUUGGCCGGGUCGUCGGAGAAGCCGGGCAGGGGCGAGGGGAAGGCGGCGAGCACCGUGGAGGCGCUGUGGCGCAGCGGAGUCGAUGUCGUCCCACAGGGUCAGCACCAGCGCCGCCGUACUCACGGGCGCGUAGGCAUCCCACGACGACAGCUUGCCGUAGAGCCGCCCUCCUUGGGGGUGCGGGUGGGGUUCACGCUGCAACCGGAGGCCGGGGUGCGCGCGGGCCAGCAGGUGGUGGUCAAGGCCAAGGUGGUGGAGGUCGGGCGGGAGGUGCCCCUCCUGGCCGCCCAGUUUGAGCGGGCCGUGGGGCGCAGCGGCCUCCUCUUCUCCCUCACCCACGCCUCGCCUGCCCUCCCCAUCCUCUACCUCCACCUCUCUCUCGUCACCCGCCCCAAAGCCCUCUCCUCCUCGCAACUGACUUGGCCGGGGCUGGCGGUGGUGGCGGUGGCGGCCGUGGCCGCUGGUGGCAACGAACUAGUGCCAGCCCGGCCCGGCCGCAGCACACUGCGACGGCGGGGCACGAUCCGGGGCGGUGGAGACGACGAGGAGGGCGCCGAGGCCGUGGCGCCAUGCGAGCGAGACCACGGGUCGUGCCUGGUGAAGAGCAUCGGGGCCGGCCACGUCCUCGGCACUCACGACCUCCUGUGCGCCCACCCCAAGCCCUGCUCUCGCGGCCCCUACGUCGGCGCGCGCAUCGUCCCCGAGUCCAACGAACUCGCCGUCUAUCUCACGAUCCUCGAAAGAUCGUCUCACGUGGGUCCGCUGGCCUUCCACUUGGCGGCGCGGAUGGUGGGUGCGGGCGGCGGGGCGACCUACUCGUCGCCGUUCUUCGUGGAGGAGGGGCUGGUGAAGAAGGACGCCCUCCGGAACGUGUGGGACCUCGUCCGAUUCAUGGAUCGCCUCGCCAGCGAAAAGCCCGACGAUAAGGGCAACAAGGGACCCGCCGCCAAACCGCUCCGCAAGGUGCGGAAGAGCGUGGAGCUGGAUCCUGCGUGCUGGGCCUCCACCUCCGCCUCCGAACGAAAGAAGCGCGACGCCCUCAUCAAGAGCGUGGUGGAGAAGCUGUGCGAUGGGCCGUCGGGCGAGCGGCUGCUGGUGGUGCAGGACCUGUCCGGGAUGACGCUGCUGCACUACGCGUGCCUGCUGCACUACGCCGCGGCCGGCCAGUGGCUCCUGUCCCACAUCCCGCGGCCGGCCCUCAACAUGCAGGACAUGAACGGCUGCACCGCCCUCCACUGGGCCGCCCACUCGGGCGCCGCGCCCCUCGUCGAGGCGCUCCUCCGCCACGACGCGUCGCCCUUCGUAGUUGACGAGCUGGGCCACGCGCCCGCCGACUACGCCCGGCGCGAGGGUCACCACGCGCUGGUCGAUCUUCUGCCCGCCGCCGCCGCCACCGCCGCCCCCAGCGGCACUGCCACCCCGCCAUCCGCCGGCGCGCCGGCUCCUUCGCCAUCGUCCACGUCCUCGUUGUCGCCGCCGGUACCGUCGCGACGAUCCACAACCUCGUCGUCGUCGUCGCCAGCCGGAAUGACAUCAUCAUCGUCGAGCACGCCCUUGGGACCCGGGUCGUCGUCAUCGUCGUCCGUGGUGGCCACGGCCGUCGGCGGCCGCCCGAGCUCUGACUUGGCCGUAGUCCCCGGCGCCUCGCCCCUCCACCUCGCGGCAAGGGCCAAUGACGUGCCUCAAAUCCAGAGUCUCCUAAAACAGGGCGGCGUGCCCGUCGAUUCCGCCGGCGAACAAGGGGCGACUGCGUUGCACUACGCGGCGUCGGCAGGCGCGGCCAAGGCGAUGGCGGCGCUGCUGGACGCCGGGGCGGAGGUGGGCCGGACCGACGGUCGGGGCGCCACCGCGCUCCACCGGGCGAGUGCCUGCGCCGUGGGCAGCGAGGAGUGCGUGGGUCUCCUGCUCGACCGAGGCGCGACUCCGUGCGCCCAGGACGAGGCCGGCGCCAGCCCGCUCCACGUGGCCGUCCUCGCCGGCCUCCCGGGCACUGUCCUCCUCCUCCUCCGACGCGGCGCCUCGCUCACCGCGGGCGACGAGGACGGACGGGCGAGCCUGCACAAGGCCGCCUACGCGGGCCACGCCGCCAUCUGCCAGCUGCUCAUCGACAACGGCGCUGACGGACGGGCGGGGCGCUACGGCUCUGCACAUCGCGGCCGGACGUGCGCGGAGCUGCUGAUCAAGGCCGGGGCUGACGUCAACGCGACCGACACGUCGGGUGUGUCGGCCCUCCACCACGCGUGUUUCAAGGGCAACGAGCCCUUCACCCAGCUUCUCCUCGCGGCCGGCGCUCGCGUCAAUGUCGGUGACACCCACGCCCAAACGCCUCUCGCCAAUGCGUGCUAUAAGGGGAAGGUGCAGGUGGUGCAGGCGCUGCUGAAGGCGGGGGCGGAGGUGGGGGCCGGAGCCGAGGGCGGGGGCGUCACGUCGGCGUUGCACCAGUGCGCCGUGCACGGGCACGACGACUGCCUGGCGGCCCUCCUCGACCACCCGUCCUCGUCCGCCGUCGACGUCAACCUGCUCGACAAGGAGGGCUCCACGCCUCUCCACAAGGCGGCGUACUUCGGGCAUGCCGAGUGUGUGAAGCUGCUGCUGCGGGCCGGGGCCGACGUGACGCUGCAGGACGGGGAGGGGUCGACGCCGCUCCACAAGGCCGCCUUCUCCGGGCAGGCCACCAGCGCGGCCCUCCUCAUCCAGGCCGGCGCCGACGUCGAGGCGCAGGACCGCGAGGACGGCACUCCCCUCCACAACGCCGCCUUCAACGGGCAUGUGGAGUGCGUGCGGGUGUUGCUCGGGGCGCAGGCGAACCUGAUCAGCGCCGACAGCAACGGGGCGUCCCCGCUCCACCUGGCCGUCCUCAACGGCCACCGCGAGUGCGCCGCGCUCCUCAUCGAGAAGGGCUCCCUCGCUAACGCCCAGGACGACCGGGGGAUGACGGCGUUGCACCACGGAGUGGAACACGGGAGCUGCGUGGGGCUGCUGCUGGAGGAGGACGCCCUGGUCGACGCGCAGGACCACGACGGCCGCACGCCCCUCUGGUACGCCGUGUCCGACGGCUACCGCGAAUCCGCCGAAAUCCUCCUGGCCCACGGGGCCAACCCCCACCUCAAGGACACCACCGGCGAGUCGCCGGCGGACGUUGCAGCGGAGGAGCUGCGGGGCGUGAUCGAGGCGGCGCUCAACACGCGGUCGGCCGAGGCGCGGCGGGAGAAGAAGCUGCAGCUGCAGACGGCGAUCAAGAAGUUCAACCGAAACCCGGAGAAGGGCAUCGAAUACCUGGUGGCCCACGGCCUCAACGAGGGCACCCCGGUCGACAUCGCCCAUUUCCUCCGCAACACCUCCGGACUCAACAGAACCGCCGCGGGCGACUACCUCUCCGACCUCCCCGAAAUCUGUCGACUCACUCUCCGCUGCUUCCUCUCCCAGCUCACCUUCGCCGAGCUGAGCCUGGACGAAGCGCUGCGGGUGUUCCUGGCCGAAUUCCGAUUGCCGGGCGAGGCCCAGAAGAUCGAUCGGCUAAUGGAGGCCUUCGCCGCCAAGUACUGCGCCGACAACCCGCAGUCGGUCUUCCCCAACACCGACGCCGCCUACAUCCUCUCCUUCUCCGUCAUCAUGCUCAACACCGACGCACACAACCCCGCCAUCCAACAAAAGGACAAGAUGACGAAGGCCGGGUUUGUGCGUAACAAUCGGGGCAUCAACGAGGGCGGGGACAUGCCGGAGGAGUUCCUCGGGGCCAUCUACGACCGGAUCGUGCGGAACGAGAUCAAGAUGGAGUCGCCCAACACCUCGCUCUGGGUCAAGACCGAGCGCAAGGGGUGGCUCACCAAGCGCGGCGGCCGCAUCCAGACCUGGAAGCGCCGCUGGUUCGUCCUCGCCGACAACGUCCUCUACUACUUCAAGGCUCCCGACUCCUCGGCCCCCUGCGGCAUCAUCCCCCUCGGUACCUUCUUCCCCCCCUUUGGCUGGCUGGCCCUUCGACUGGAAGAACUGAAGUACUCGUUCGAGCUGUACACGGAGGACAAGCAGCAGAUCAUGGCCUGCAAGAUGGUCAACGGCGCAACGGUGCAGGGCCACCACGACUCGUACGUCAUCGCCUCGGACAACGCCCGGGACUCAGACGAGUGGGUGACGGCCCUGCAGGCCAACAUCACCUCGUCGCCCUUCUACGAACUCAUCCAGCGCCGCAAGGACCGCACCACUCAGGCCCGGCCCCCGCCAUCGUCCUCCUCCUCCUCGUCGUCGUCAUCGUCGUCGUCAUCGUCGGCCCGCGGCAGCUUCUCGUCGUCGCGCAAGCCGGCGUCGCUCAACGGCGGUUCGUCGACCGGCCACGCCGCCUCGUCGAUGCCGUCGUCGGCGUCGCCGCGCGCGUCCAAGCGGCCGGCGGUAGCGUCGACCAUGUUCGCGUCGUCGUUGCCGUCGCCCUCGUCGUCGGCUUCCAUGCCCCUCCUCCCGGCCCUCUCCUCGUCGCCCUCGUCGCCCUUCCCCCUCCCCUCCUCCUCGUCGCCCUCCGCCCCCCACCAGCCCCCUCCACCCUCGCCCUCCGCCUCCGACAAGUCCGCCAAGUCUUCCUCGUCGUCCGCUGUGCCCGCCGUUGCUGCGACGGAUCUCGACGGUGCGUCGGACGCGAUGGCCGCGGACGACACGACGGCGGCGUUGGAUUGGAAGCUGCUCCAUUCGCUGGGCAUGAUGUGCGCCACGGUCUACAAGAGCGGGAAGGCCAUCCGCGAGGUCUAUGGCAAGCACGCCCUCAUCCACAAGUCGUCCCCACCCCUACGCGCCUUCGUCGUACACAAUGAGCCGAAGAAGGCGCAGCGGCUGGUCAUCGGCGGCAGCCUGGCCCCGCUGCCGCCCUCUUCGGCAGGGCGCGCGGAGGAGGACGAGGACGAGGACGUGGUGGACCCCGCCGAGCACUACCGGCUGCCGGAGCUCACCAAGCGACUGAUGGCCGGCCUCAGCAAGCACCUCCGCAAGGACCUCGCCAUCGAACUCGCCGGCCACGCCCUCGGAGGCGUCGCCGCCGUCCUCCUCGCCGAGGCGUUGGCGCAGGCGGGCUACAAGCUCGCGAUGGUGACCACCUUCGGACAGCCGCGAUUCCGCUCGUCGUCGUCGCCAGGGUCGGCGUCCGGGGUGCUGCCGCUGCGGGUCGUGUCCCGCACCGACCCCGUCUAUCGCCUCUUCCCGGGCAGCUCCGGCCACCACCAUGGGCCGGAGCUCGUUCUGCUCCCCGAUCUCGCCUUCUUCUACGCCUCACCCGCGCCCGCGCCAUCGCCCUCGCCAUCUUCAUCGUCAUCGACGACAUCGCCCUCAUCGGCAUCGCCGCCGGCGUUGCCGACGUCGCCGCUCUCACGACGGGCGGCGGGGGCCAAGGGCAAGGAGAAGUCGGCCAGGCGCGACAGUGAAGGCGGCGGCAAGACGGCCAAGGAGGAGAAGAAGAAGAACAAGAAGGACAAGAAGGACAACCACCGGAGGGACCGGAGCCCGUCCCCCGAGAAGAAGGAGAAUCGGAGCCCGUCGCCACCCACAUCGCCGGCGUCGGCACUGGAGGCGGCGGCGGGCGAGGAAGAUGACGUGGAGACCUCGGCGGAGCACCGUAUGGAGAGCUACCUCCGCAACCUCAAGGCCAAGGUCCGCGGCACGCCGUAUCGCGCCCACCUCCUUACGUAA